UCAGAAUUCCAUAUAAACAAUAUAGAAAAGAUAAUCUUUUUUAUAUUUAUACUAUAAAUUAACACAAGAACACUCGACGACAGUCCUAAACAACAAAAGAAAAAAGCAUACAACAAACAUGGGGAAUGUAUUUGCAAAUCUGUUCAAAGGUCUCUUCGGUAAAAAGGAAAUGAGAAUAUUGAUGGUCGGUUUAGAUGCCGCUGGUAAAACCACAAUUUUGUACAAACUUAAAUUAGGCGAAAUUGUAACAACGAUACCUACCAUUGGUUUCAACGUCGAGACUGUAGAAUACAAGAACAUUAGCUUUACAGUGUGGGAUGUGGGCGGUCAAGACAAAAUUCGUCCAUUGUGGAGGCAUUACUUCCAAAAUACACAAGGUCUCAUCUUCGUCGUUGACAGCAAUGAUAGAGAACGUAUCGGCGAAGCGAGAGAAGAAUUAAUGCGUAUGUUGGCUGAAGAUGAGCUCAGAGAUGCUGUUUUACUUAUAUUCGCAAACAAACAGGAUCUGCCAAAUGCAAUGAAUGCAGCCGAAAUUACCGAUAAACUCGGCCUACACUCACUAAGAAACCGCAAUUGGUACAUUCAGGCGACGUGUGCAACCAGCGGCGAUGGUCUAUAUGAGGGUCUUGAUUGGUUGUCCAAUCAGCUUAAGAACGCUAAUCGCUAAAUGAAAUUCUUAUUUUUCUUUAACUUAGCAUCCGCAGCAGCAAAAACAACAACCACAAAAUCAACAACAACAAAUAACAUACAAAAAUAAUUAAUUUUGAUUUAAUAAUAAUAAUAAAAGAGAAAAAAACCCGAAAAUAAAGUUAUUACAAAAAACAAAACAACAAACAAACAAAAAAGAA